AUGAGGGAAAAUGAGGAGCCGGAAUACUAUUGUAACUCAAUUUGUCCAAAAAGGACAACGCCUUACGGCUACCACCACAUGGAGGAAGUAAACAUGGCUGUUGGCAAAAUUGUGAUCCUUCUUGUGAGCGCCAUAGUUUUGGCUGAUGCUUACUUUGGAUACCCAAACCUCGGCAUCCCGAAACUGGACUCCGUUGUGAUCAAAAACUACGCUGCAUCAGUACCCGGAUGGCUCGAUCUCGAAUUGGUUGAAGGUGUCGGCCAAGGCUUGAGGUCUUGCGUAGUUGACAAAUUUUGGUUGGACUUUGACAAACGCUACGGAGCCGUAGAAGUUGUAUGCGACGGCAGCAUCAACGGUCAUUACAAACUUUACUCCAACAGUUCCUUAAUCAGAAACUUAUUGGACGGUGACUUAAUCUGCGGAGAGGGCAACGGUGGAGUCAAAGUUGAAAAAUUGAAGCUGUCAUACGAUUUCCUCUUCAAUGUUGAAAGGCGUGGAAAUGAUAACUUCCUUAACCUGAACUUCGAAAACUCUAAAGUUGGCGUUGAAAUUUUGCAAGGAAUCAGCUUUACUGCCGACACCCUUUACUUAGGCCAACUGGAAGCUAGUGACCUUAUCCUCGGUGUUGUGAACCAAUACUGGAAGAUGAUUUUGAAGGCGACUGGAGUCUCUGUCCUCGAUGGAUUCUUCAAAUAUGUCUUUGACUUAACACAGAAAUACUUUAACAACGUCCCUGUUAGCGAUUACAUCGAUGACGACGUCUCGUACUUCAUUAGUAACAAAUAUUAUUGA